AUGAGGACGCUCUGGGCCACCCCUCUCCGUGCGGCGGAGCUGCUCGUGCUGCUCCUCCCGUGCUUCGGUCUGGUGGAGCCCUCUGGCCGCUCAGGUAAUGAUUCAUUCACCAUCGUUAAUGAAAACACAGGCAAGUGCAUCACGCCGCUGAAUGACUGGAUAGUAGCAAAGGACUGUGAUGAAACCAAGGACAUGUUGUGGAAGUGGGUGUCCCAGCAUCGACUCUUUCAUUUGCAAUCCCAGAAGUGCCUUGGCCUAGACAUUACCAAACCCGUGGAUUCCUUGAGAAUGUUCAGCUGUGACUCCAAUGCCAUGCUGUGGUGGAAAUGUGAGCACCACUCUCUGUACGGAGCUGCCCAGUACAGGUUGACACUGAAGGGUGGACACGCCAUAGCAAGUACCAAUUCAUCUGAUGUCUGGAAAAAAGGAGGCUCAGAGGAAAACCUCUGUGCCCAGCCUUACCAUGAGAUCUAUACUAGAGAUGGGAACUCCUAUGGGAGACCCUGUGAAUUUCCAUUCUUAGUUAAUGGGACCUGGCAUCAUGAGUGCAUUCGUGAUGGAGAUCGCAGUGGGCCAUGGUGUGCAACCACCUUAAAUUAUGAAUAUGAUCAAAAGUGGGGCAUCUGCUUACAACCAGAAAAUGGCUGUGAAGAUAAUUGGGAAAAGAAAGAGGAGAUGGGAAGUUGCUACCAGUUUAAUACUCAGGCAACUCUUUCUUGGAAAAAAGCUUAUGUUUCAUGUCAGAAUCAAGGAGCUGACUUACUGAGCAUCAACAGUGCUGCUGAGUUAACUUAUCUUACAGAAAAAGAAGGCAUUCCAAGAAUUUUCUGGAUUGGUUUAAAUCAGCUGUACUCUGCUAGAGGCUGGGAAUGGUCAGACCACAAGCCAUUAAACUUUCUCAACUGGGACCCAGAUGUGCCGAGUGCACCUAUAAUUGACAGAUCAAGCUGCGCAAGAAUGGAUGCCGACUCGGGUCUGUGGCAGAGUUUUUCCUGUGAGGCUCAAAUGCCCUACGUCUGCAAGAAACUGUUAAAUAACACAGUGGAGUUGACAGAUGUUUGGACAUACUCAGAUACCCGCUGUGAUGCAGCAGACUGGCUGCCAAAUAAUGGAUUUUGCUAUCUGCUGGUAAAUGAAAGUGAUUCCUGGGAUAAGGCACAUAUGAAAUGCAAAACCUUCAGCAGUGACCUCAUCAGCAUUCAUUCUUUAGCAGAUGUGGAGCUGAUUGUCACAAAACUCCAUAAUGGGGAUGCCAAAGAAGAAAUAUGGACAGGCCUUAGGAACAUAAAUACACCAACUCUAUUUCAGUGGUCAGAUGGUACUGAAGUUACUCUGACUUAUUGGGAUGAGAAUGAGCCACAUGUUCCCUACAAUAAGACUCCCAACUGUGUUUCCUAUUUAGGAAAGCUAGGUCAGUGGAAGGUCCAAUCAUGUGAAGAGAAACUUAAAUAUGUAUGUAAGAAAAAGGGAGAAAAAUUGAAUGAUACAAGAUCUGAUAAGAUGUGUCCUCCAGAUGAGGGCUGGAAGAGACAUGGAGAAGCCUGUUACAAGAUUUACAAGGAUGAGGUCCCCUUUGGAACCAACUGCAAUCUGACUGUAACUAGCAGAUUUGAGCAAGAAUACCUGAAUGAUAUGAUUAAAAAGUAUACUAAGUCUCCAGAAAAAUACUUCUGGACUGGCCUGAGAGAUACAGAUGCAAGUGGAGAGUAUAGUUGGGGAAGUGCUGGUGGAAUAAAGUGGGCUGUAACCUUUUCCAACUGGAAUUUUCUUGAGCCAGCUUCUCCAGGAGGGUGUGUGGCUAUGGCUACGGGAAAGUCUCUUGGAAAGUGGGAGGUAAAAGACUGCAGAAGCUUCAGAGCACUUUCAAUUUGCAAGAAAAUAACUGAGCCCCCUGAGCCUGAAAAAGCAGCCCCCAAGCCUGAAGACCCCUGUCCUGAAGGCUGGCAUAGUUUCCCCUCGGGUCUUUCUUGUUAUAAGCUAUUUCAUAUAGAAAGAAUUGUAAGAAAGAGGAACUGGGAAGAAGCUGAGAGAUUCUGCCAAGCACUUGGAGGGCACCUUCCUAGCUUCAGUCAUAUGGAUGAAAUAAAGAAAUUUCUUCACUUUCUAAUGGACCAGUUCAGUGACCAGCGUUGGCUUUGGAUAGGUUUGAAUAAAAGGAGCCCUGACUUACAAGGAUCCUGGCAAUGGAGUGAUCAUACACCAGUGUCUACUAUUAUCACGGCAAAUGAGUUUCAGCAGGAUUAUGAUAUCAGAGACUGUGCUGCUGUCAAGGUCAUUAAUAGGCCAUGGCGAAGAAGGUGGCAUUUCUAUGAUGACAGAGAAUUUAUUUAUUUAAGGCCUUUUGCUUGUGAUACAAAACUUGAAUGGAUGUGCCAGAUUCCAAAAGGUCGUACUCCAAAAAUGCCAGACUGGUACAAUCCAGAGCGUGCUGGAAUUCAUGGACCUCCAGUUGUGAUAGAAGGGAGUGAAUAUUGGUUUGUUGCUGAUCCCCGUUUAAACUAUGAAGAAGCCGUCCUGUAUUGUGCUAGCAAUCACAGCUCUCUGGCUAGUUUAACAUCUUUUGCAGGACUAAGAGCCAUCAAAAACAAAAUAGCAAAUAUAUCUGGUGAUGAGGAGAAAUGGUGGGUGAGAACUACUGACCAGCUAAUAGAACGUCAUUUUAUGAGCUCACGACAUCCAUUUCAUCACUUUCCUAUAACAUUUGGAGAGGAAUGCUUUUACCUCUCUGCCAAGACUUGGUUUAGCGACUUAAGUAAACCAGCAGACUGCAGUACCAAGUUGCCCUUCGUCUGUGAAAAAUACAAUGUAUCUUCAUUAGAGAAAUAUAGUCCAGAUUCUGCCGCUAAAAUACAGUGCUCUGGGGAUUGGAUUACUUUUCAGAAUAAGUGCUUUUUAAGGAUCAAACCUAGGUCUCUUACAUUUUCUGAAGCCAGCGAUGUUUGUCACACCUAUGGUGGAACCCUUCCUUCAGUGCUGAGCCAGAGAGAGCAAGAUUUUAUUACAUCCUUGCUUCCGGAUAUGGAAGCUACUUUAUGGAUUGGUUUGCGCUGGACUGCCUAUGAGAAGAUAAACAAAUGGAUGGAUAACAGAGAACUGACAUACAGUAACUUUCACCCAUUAUUGGUUGGUCGGAGGCUGAGAAUACCAACAAAUAUUUUUGAUGAAGAGCUGUCCUACCACUGUGCUCUAAUGCUCAACCUUCAAAAGUCACCUUUUACUGGGACGUGGAAUUUUACUUCCUGCAGUGAACACCAUACUCUGUCUCUCUGUCAGAAAUAUUCAGAAAUUGAAAGCAGACAGACCUUGCAGAAUACUUCAGAAACUAUGAAAUAUCAAAACAAUCUGUACAAAAUAAUGCUGAAGACUCUGACUUGGACUGAUGCGCUAAAGGAGUGCCAGCAAGAAAACAUGCAGCUGGUGAGCAUCACAGACCCUUACCAGCAGGCCUUCCUGACUGUGCAGGCGGUCCUUCAUAACUCUUCUUUAUGGAUUGGACUCUCCAGUCAUGACGAUGAACUCAACUUUGGUUGGUCAGAUGGGAAACAUCUCCAAUUUAGUCGCUGGGCUGAAAAUAAUGCACAACUUGAAGACUGUGUAGUAUUAGACACUGAUGGAUUCUGGAAAACAUCUGACUGCGAUAAUAAUCAACCAGGCGCUAUUUGCUAUUAUUCAGGAAAUGAGACUGAAAAAGAGGUCAAACCAGUUAACAGUGUUCGAUGUCCGUCUCCUGUUCUAAAUACUCCAUGGAUACCAUUUCAGAACUCUUGCUACAAUUUCAUGAUAACAAAGAAUAGAUAUAUAGUGACAACACAAGAUGAAGUUCAUUCUAAAUGCCAGACACUGAAUCCAAAAUCACAUAUUCUGAGUAUUCGAGAUGAAAAAGAGAAUAACUUUGUUCUUGAGCGGCUUCUACACUACAAUUACAUGGCUUCAUGGGUCAUGUUAGGUAUAACUUAUGAAAAUAAUUCUCUCAUGUGGUCUGAUAAGACCACGCUGUCAUAUACACACUGGAGAUCAGGAAGACCAGCUGUAAAAAAUGGCAAGUUUUUUGCUGGCUUGAAUACUGAUGGCUUCUGGGAUAUUCAAACCUUUAAUGCUGUCGAAGACAUACUUUACUUUCACCAGCACAGCAUUCUGGCUUGCAAAAUUGAAAUGGUUGACUACAAAGAAGACUAUAAUACUACUCUGCCAUGGUUUAUUCCACAUGAAGAUGGUAUUUAUAAUGUUGUUCAAAAAAGAGUAACAUGGUAUGAAGCAUUAAAUACAUGUUCUCAAAGUGGAGGUCAUUUGGCAAGUGUUCAUGACCAAAAUGGCCAGCUUUUUCUGGAAGAUAUCGUAAAGCGUGAUGGAUUUCCACUAUGGGUUGGGCUCUCAAGUCAUGAUGGAAGUGAAUCAAGUUUUGAAUGGUCUGAUGGCAGUGCCUUUGACUAUAUCCCAUGGAAAGAUAAAAAAUCUGCUGGAAAUUGUGUUGUCUUGGAUCCAAAAGGAAUUUGGAAACAUGAAAAAUGCAACUCCGUUAAGGAUGGUGCUAUUUGUUAUAAACCUACAAAAUCUAAAGAGGUGUCCUCUCAUACACACUCAUCAAGAUGUCCAGCAGUAAAAGGGAAUGAGACACAGUGGAUUCAGUACAGGGACCACUGUUACACAUCUGAUCAGGCAUUGCACAGUUUCUCAGAAGCCAGACGGUUUUGUUCAGAGCUUGAUCAUUCUGCAACUAUCGUUACCAUAAAGGAUGAAGAUGAGAAUAAAUUUGUGAGCAGACUGAUGAGGGAAAAUAAUAACAUUACCAUGAGAGUUUGGCUUGGAUUAUCUCAACUUUCUGCCGAUCAGUCCUGGAAUUGGUUAGAUGGAUCAAAAGUGACAUUUGUCAAGUGGGCAAAUAAAUUUAAGAGUGGCAGUGGACAAUGUAGCAUUUUGUUAGCUUCAAAUGAAACUUGGAUAAAAGUUGAAUGUUCACGUGGCUAUGGAAGAGUUGUCUGCACAGUUCCCUUGGACUGCCCUUCAUCCACGUGGGUUCAGUUCCAAGACAGUUGUUACAUUUUUCUUCAAGAAGCCAUCAAAGUAGAAAGCAUAGAGGAUGUCAGAAAUCAGUGUACUGACCAUGGAGCAGACAUGAUAAGCAUACAUAAUGAAGAAGAAAAUGCUUUUAUACUGGAUACUUUGCAAAAGCAAUGGAAAGGCCCAGAUGAUAUCCUAUUAGGCAUGUUUUUUGACACAGAUGAUGCCAGUUUCAAGUGGUUUGACAAGUCAAAUAUGACAUUUGUUAAGUGGUCAGACCAAGAAGAUGGCGAGGAUCUAGUUGACACCUGUGCCUUUUUGCACACCAAGACAGGUGAUUGGAAAAAAGGAAAUUGUGAAGUUUCUUCUGUGGAAGGAACCCUUUGUAAAGCAGCUAUCCCAUAUGAAAAGAAAUAUUUAUCAGAUAACCACAUUUUAAUAUCAGCUUUGGUGAUUGCUAGCACAGUAAUUUUGACAGUUUUGGGAGCAGUCGUUUGGUUCCUGUACAAAAGAAGUUUGGAUUCUGGUUUCACCACAGUUUUUUCAGCUGCACCCCAAUCACCUUAUAAUGAUGACUGUGUUUUAGUCGUUGCAGAGGAAAACGAAUAUGAUAUUCAAUUCGACUAAGGUUCUGGAAAUCUCAGAUUAAGACAUCAAAUACCUUGACAAUGAUUCCAAUGCAAGAUUUUAAUAUAAAACCUAACAAUGAAAAUCAUGGUUUUUAUGAUGUAUUACCUAAUUCCAGUAACGUUCACUACUCUCAUGUAAUCACCGACUGUGACAAAAAAUAAUCUUUAGGAUUAUAAGAACAAAGUUUUUA